AUGGGCUCAUCUGUCACCAAUGACCAGUAUCUGCUGAGCAGAGACUACAUCGAUUGCUCCAGACUCAAUUUGCAGCAUUCGUUAUGGACGCAGAUGUUCGGAUACCUCCUUCACCCCGACAUCGACACAACCAACAAGGAUCUUAAAAUCGCCGACGUCGGCACCGGAACAGGAGCAUGGCUCACCGACCUAGCGCCGCACCUCCCACCGACCUGCCAAUUAGACGGAUAUGACCUCGACAUCGCGCAGGCACCGCCGACCGAGUGGCUCCCGCCUAAUAUGCGACUGCGCACCUGGGAUGCCUUCUCCCCGGUCCCCGAAGAGCUGGUCGGCCAGUACGACAUCGUGCAUAUUAAAUUAUUCGUGUUUGUCGUAAAAGGCGACCCGACAGCCUUGCUACGGAAUUUGCUCGCUCUACUAAAACCCGGUGGCUACCUCCAAUGGGCCGAAGUCGACGUUCCCGGCAUGAAAUACACCAAAACCAACCCCUCCGUCUCCGACGAAUCCAUGCAACAGCUCUUCAAAAUGACCGCGUCCCAGGACCCCCGACUCAUCCCCGCCUGGCCGGACCAGCUGCCCGAGAUAUUUGCUAAGGAAGGUCUCCUCGACGUCAAGGCGCAUCGCGUCAAGGCGGACCCGCACCUCGAGUACGCAAUGCAUCACUGCAACCUGAUGAUUUACGAUAUGAUUGCGCAGCGCGCGGCGAACGGCGCCAAGGCUAAGGAGAUCAUGGAGUUGGUGCCUAAGGCGGCGGCGGAGAGUCGGAAGGGGGCUAUGUUUGCGUUUCCGAGAAUUACGGUCGUGGGGAGGAAGGCUUGA